UGACAUCUUUUCCAAAAGAGCCCCUCGAAAAACUUUUAAUUCCACUCCACCUAAUCCUGAAUCCUCCUACCUAUCGCCUCCCCCUCCUCCGAGACCGAGAUCUCGCGCUCCGGCGAGGAGGCGAAGCUUCCAGAAGCUUCCGGAGGAGGAGGAGGGGCGCGCCACCUCGAUGCUCUUCCCGAAGCGGAUCAACUACAUGGCCCCGAUGCUGGCCUCCGCCGUCAUCCUCCUCCUCCUCGUCUCCGGCUACUUCGAGCUCCCGUCCAUCUCCUCCUACUCCGCCGCGCCGGCGCCGCCGCUCUUCGCCACGGCGCUGGACGCCGUCGGCACCCGCGAGCGGUCGCCGUUCACGUCGCUUCUCUCGGCCUUCGCCGACUGGGACGCCGCCGUCGGGUGCCCGCGCAUCCGCGCCAAGCUCGACGCCGUGGGGGCGCCCGGGUACGGCGCCAACUCGACCGCGGCGGCGGCCGCGUCGAUCACCGGCGGGGCCGGGUGGGGCGGCGGCGGCGGCGGGAGGUGCGAGGGCGUGAGGACGCGCCACGUCGGGGUGCUCGUCAAGGGGUGGACGUGGAUCCCCGACGCGCUCGACGGGGUGUACACGUGCCGGUGCGGGGUGAGCUGCGUGUGGAGCAAGUCCGCCGCCGCCGUCGACCGGCCCGACGCGCUGCUCUUCGAGGGCGCCACGCCGCCGCCGCAGAGAAUGAAAGGCCUGCCUCUUCGUGUAUAUCUGGAUCUGGAGGCUGCUAGGAAACCAACUGGUUUCGAGGACAUUUUUAUAGGUUACCAUGCUAAAGAUGAUGUGCAAGUAACAUAUGCUGGAAAAUCAUUCCACACUAGCCGAAGUUACCAUGUAUCAACUGAAAAGAGAAAUGAUGCACUUAUUUACUGGUCAUCUUCAAGGUGUCUUCCUCAUAGAGACAAGGUUGCAAAAGAUUUCCUGUCAUUGGUUCCGCACCACUCUUUCGGGAAAUGCUUGAAUAAUGUUGAUGGUCCUGACAUGGCAUUAUCCAUGUAUCCAGUUUGUUCAACCAAUGAUAAUGGAAAACCACACUGGUGGGAUCAUCUUCACUGCGCAAUGUCACAUUACAAGUUUGUUCUUGCAAUUGAGAAUACUAAGACAGAAAGCUAUGUGACCGAGAAAUUGUUCUAUGCCUUGGAGGCUGGGUCAGUGCCAAUAUACUUCGGGGCACCCAAUGUCUGGGACUUCAUUCCUCCCAAUUCUAUUAUAGAUGCCUCAAAAUUCAGCUCACUCCGUGAGUUGGCAUCAUAUGUGAAAGCUGUUGCAAAUGAUCCCGUAGCCUAUGCAGAAUACCAUGCAUGGAGGAGGUGUGGUACCCUGGGUAACUUUGGAAGGUCGCGUGAAAUGAGCCUUGACACACUGCCUUGCCGACUUUGUGAACUAGUUAGUAAGAGAGGUGGUAGAAAUGCAGAUGCAUUGUGAAUUGUGAUAGACUGGACAUGUACCUAGUUGGUAUGUCAAUGAAGAUGAAGUGCUCGGAUAUCAGAAGAAAAUAGUUUGAUAUUGUUGUCAUAACACACUUUGUUUCUUUUGCGUUUUUUGAAUUUCUUUUUGUCUCCAGAGUUGAGAGAUGUAUACAGUAGUUAGGGAUUCAUGUUUGUAGGAAAAAAAAAAGGUAUGAAUGCACAUUAUAUCGCUAAUAUUAUACGGUCUUUAUGACCAUCUGUCAUACUGAUGUCUUGAAGAAAUGUGAUAAUACAGAAUCAGCAUUAACUAGAAAA